AUGAAGAAAGCUGUUGCAGACAUUCUGAGCACAGAGACAAUUCCGACACUGCGGUGUCGUCAAAUAUCACAACUUCCAAAAGAAAUUGACAACAUCGAUGAGUUGAGAUUGUUCCAGUGCUUUUCGCGGGAGGAGGAUGUGAUGGUGAGAGACGAAUUUGUUGAGUACUUCAAAACUGCAUGCAGUCCCAGACUUCUCCAACUUGUUGAAAAAACAAUUGGGCUCGGCGUGGAGUCUGAGAAUGUUUUUAUGUUGUACGUUGUUUUCGUGCGCAAUUGUCUUGAAUGCGUUUCACAGGAGAACAUAGACGUUGUUAACACUUUGUGUGCUGGGUUGUGCCGCCACAUCGACUCAACACGACUCCAAACACUUUGUGCUGACUGCUUUGACUUUGUCGCGUCACACAAUCUACACGAACUGACUGAUGUUUCUCUUUUCGUUCGCCUCUCGCGUCUGUGUUUCGCCUCAUUUUUAUCGACACUGAAAUGUGAAAUGCUUACUCUCAUUGCCAAGCUCAUCGAUGUGACGAGUGCUGCAGUUUUUGCGGAUUUUCCUCUGGUUUUGACAUCGAAUGGUCUUGAUGUGUCUCUUUUAAUUCAGAGUUCUGUCCUUUCAGAGCACUUGCAGCCACAAUGCCUCGACUUGGUCUGGACUCUCUUUAAGAAAGUUUCUGAACAACAGAUGACGGCUUUCCUGUCUACACCGCCACUUCCUGACUACCUCAUCGAGGCGUUCCUCCAGUCGCCUUCAAACGUGUUUCUUGCGGAGAUAGUCACACUGUUUCGACUCACCACUGCAAUUGCAAGACAAAUUGCAGACAUCCUCCCAAUCACUUUUGAUUCGUUUUGUCUCUUUGUGCGACUGCUGGAAUACCUCCCACCAUCAACACUCUCAGCUCACUUCCAACUUCUUGUAGACGCAGCACACCCAAAUGGUGCAGUCAAUGAUGCCUUUGUUGACACACUUCUUGUCUUUCUUCAGGCACACAUCUCCAUCAACAUCUCCUCAGUGCACUCAGACAUCGUCGUGUAUCUCACCAACAAUUACACACCUUCACAUGACGUGUUGUUGGAGUACAUGACAUCACCACAUAACAUUGUGGCAUUUCUUCAAUGCGAUGGACUCCCUCUGUUGCUGUCUCUCCACAAAAGAAAUUUUAUCUACAAAAUGCUGUCCGUCUGUUAUCCCACCAUCACGUUCAGUCUUGACAUCGUCCCGUCAUCCACUGCCGACGUCUUGGCAAAUAUAGAGUGUGUUGAAGUGUUGUGUGUGGUGCAUCUAUCAUUGUUUGGGAGGUGUUUGGUGGACAGCGACAUCAUCAAAGCGGUGCAGCCGAGAGACGAUGUUGGGGUGUUGUUUGUUGCUUCCAUUGAGGCGUUUUUCAAAGUCGACAUCACUGUGGAUCUCAACAGCAUUGUGUUGCGAUAUGGAGAUGCGCCGUUCACACAACACAUCUCUGAUAGUCUCUUGUUGGAACUUCUCCAACCAAAGUACGAAAACGUAUUGCUCACAAACCCGUUGCUAGUUCUCCACUCGUGUUGUGAUGUAGAAAGUCAUUUUGAUAUGCUCGGUUUUGACGACAAGAUGCGCUUCAAUGAUGGUGUGCGGUGGGUUGUGCUCUACUUUGGUGAGAAAGGGGUUAUCGACUCUUAA